AUGUUCAUAUACAUUAGAUAUGAGGAAAAAGACGUCAAAAUUCAAUGUAACCCAACUGAUGAUAUUAAAGAAAUCAGAGAAAAAAUAAAUGAAAAGGCAGGAGAAAAAUAUUCACCAGAAAAACAAAGACUAUUUUUUGGUGGUAAACAGCUAGAGGAUGGGAAUACACUCUUUCAUUAUGGAAUUAAAAAUACCAACACCAUCCUACUUUUUCAGAAAGUUUCAAUUAAUCAACAAGAAUUUAACCUUGAUAAUAAUCUUGACAAUAAUAACAAUAACUCCAGUAAUUACGAUGAUAAUAUUUCUUCUUCAUCACCAACAACAGUCAAAGAAACUGUAGUAGCACAAGAGUCAUCAAAAGAAGACCAACCACAACAAAAUGGUCCAACUAAUAACGAUAAAGACCAAACUACAAAUGGUAAUAAUAAUGAUGCUAUUACUACAGAAAAUUGUGGCAACACAAUUGAAGAAGAAUAUUAUUGUGAAAAGUGUAAUAAUAAUAAAAGAAAAAAGUGUAAGGAGUGCGGUUGUAAUCUUUGCGGAGGAAAGGACGACGAAGAAAAUACUAUUGUUUGUGAUGAAUGUCAAUAUUAUUAUCAUUUCAAUUGUUUGAAUCCUCCUUUGCAAUCUCUACCAGGAGAUCUUAGCAAUUCCAAAAAAGCAAAAAUGCCUUCAGCUACACAAACAAGAAAAUGGGGUGGUGGUAUGGCUUGUGUUGGUACAACCAAAAAGUGUGAAGUGGUUGGCUCUGAUCAUUUUGGACCGAUACCUGGAAUCCCAGUUGGUUCAUCUUGGAAGUAUCGUGUUAGUUGUUCUGAAUCUGGAGUUCAUCGUCCACCUGUUGCUGGCAUAGCAGGAAAAGCAAUUGUAGGUGCUGUUUCGAUUGUUCUCGGAGGCGGAUAUCCUGAAGACAAAGAUAAUGGUGAAGAGUUCACAUAUACUGGUAGUGGUGGAAGAGAUUUGAAAACUGGUAAUAAACGAGUCGCUAGUCAAACUAGCGAUCAAGAACUUACAAAACAAAACGAAGCACUUGCACGUACGUGUGACGCAAAUUUCAACAAUAAGACAGGCGCAGUAGCGAAAAAUUGGAAAAAUAGUAAACCAAUUAGAGUUUGUCGUACUGAAAAAUUGAAAAAACAUAACCCAAAAUAUGCACCAGAUGAAGGAGUUCGUUAUGAUGGAAUUUAUAAAAUUUAUUGGCCUGAAAAAGGAGCAUCUGGUUUUAUCGUUUGGAGAUAUCUUAUGCGACGUGAUGACAUUGAACCAGCUCCUUGGACUCCAGAAGGGAAAAAAAGAAUUGCCAGCUUAGGGUUGAAAAUGUAUAUACCAGAGGAAUGUAAGGAUACAAAUGAUAAAAAACGUGGUUUAACUCAAGAUAAUUUGAAUAAUCGCGUUUGGAAUAUUGUGUUAGGAACAGAAUAUGAAACCUUGGCCGAAUUGAUUUCAAGUCUUGUUGAAAAUCAUUUUAAAUGUCCAGUAUGUCAUGAGCUGGUGCAAGAUCCUGUUACUACACCAUGCACACAUAACGUUUGUAAGGAAUGUAUCACACAAUCUGUGAAUCACUAUGGUAGAAAAUGCCCAGAAUGCCGAACCGAAUUCAAGGAGGAUUUAAAAUUUACUAAAAAUCAAAAUUUGGUUGAUACGCUAAAAAGUAUUAUACCAACUUAUGGUAAAUAA